UCAAGCGUUGUUAGCUUUGGACUUUUUUGAAAUUUUUGUUUUGUGUUUUUCUUAAGUUUUGUUUUCUUAUUUUAUUAAAAAAAAAAAAUAAAUAAAUAAACAAGGAUAUGGUGUGAAAUUGAAAUAUAAUAUCUUAAUAAUUUUGUUUAUGCUGAAUUUGAUUCUUUAUAGUUAAGAAGUUUCGAUGCAAAAUAAAAUGUACCUUCCUGUAAAUUAAAACAAUACAAAAUAACAACAACAAAAUUUUUUGGAAAACCAAAAUAUAUUAAAUAUUUUAUGAAAAAUGAAAUUUUUAUUGAUUGUCUUACUUUUUGGUAUUUUGUUGACAAAUGGCCAACUCUAUCAGAAUUCUUACCAAAACAAUGACUAUCAAGCGCGAUACAAUCCCCAAUAUGCCAAUACAAAUCCCCUUAAUCAACAGCAAACACAAUUUGGCAAUCCAUUAUUACAAUCACAAAAUGAAUUGCAAAAACAAACCGCAGAUAGCGGAGGAGGGGGAAUAGGUGUAAAUAAUAAUCAAAAUUCCUUAAAUCAAAAUUUAAAUGAUGUAUCAUCAAAUUUCGACUCCUCCUCGCCCUACUCGUCAAGGCCAAAUUACGCUAGCAAUUCCAUAGAUCCAUCUAUGGACGAAAGCAGCUUCUGUCCAGAACAUUGGAUAUCACAUCGACAAACGUGUUAUCGAUUUAUCAAAUCGCCCAAACGUAAUUGGAAUGAUGCAAAGAAAAUUUGCAAAGCCUACAAUGCCUAUUUGGUAAACAUCGAAAGCACCGAGAAACAUGCAUUUAUUUUGAAGCAACUCAUUUUGCAAAAUCAAAAACAGAAUCGUUUUUGGAUAUCAGCACGUCAAUUGGGUCCAAAUAGCUGGGUCAAUGAUGAUAAUUCGAAUUUCAUUGCUGCCGAAGAUUCGUUCUCGUAUGAAGAUCAUCCAAUUGAGAACGAGGAUCUACAUGACAAUCGAUUCUUGGUGACACAAAAUAAAAAUCGCUACGGCACGGAACAGAAUUUCAAUUAUAAUCAGCUGACAGGCAACAAUAGAAAUCGCAAUGUCUUGAUCAAUGGUCAAACGUAUUCGAGUGAAUAUGGUCCCAAAGAUCGUUUGGUUUAUGGAUAUUCGAGGAGAAAUGACAAAUGGAUGUUUAUGCCAUCGUAUGACUUCGAAAUGAAUCUAUUCAUUUGCGAAUCACGUCAAUUGUUCGAUCCGGAGAAUUUCAAUUUGAAAAAUGACGAUCGUCGUCCAUUUGACUAUGGACUGGAUGUUAAGGAUUUGGAUAAAAUUCCUCGUGGACCGUUUUUUGUGAGACAACCUAACGACACUACCUUCGAUACAAGCAAGACACGUAUAAUCAACGAUGUGACUUUGAGCUGUUUGGCAGGAGGCUAUCCAACGCCAGUCUACCGAUGGUUCAAAGAGGAAUAUGUUAAUGAUACAUUGAAAUUUUUCCUCAUUGAACCAUUGAAAAAUGAUCGUUAUACAUUGAGUGGAGGCAAUUUGAUUAUCUAUGCGCCAAAGCAAUCUGAAGAUCAAGGUUUAUAUCAUUGCCUAGCUGAAAAUCGAUUUGGCCGCAUUCGAUCAGAAAGUGCUCAGCUUAAUUUUGGUUUCAUAAUGGAAUUCAAUUUGAAGAGAUCAGCCGAAACUGGAGAAAUGAAUUGGGGUAAAUCGAUAUUUUGUGACCCGCCAUCACAUUAUCCAGAUGUCAAGUAUUACUGGUCGAGAGAUUAUUUUCCAAAUUUUGUCGAAGAAGAUCAAAGGGUUUUCGUGUCGAGAGAUGGUGCUCUUUAUUUUUCUUCUAUUGAAUCUGUAGAUCGAGCAAACUACUCAUGUACAGUUCAGAGUUUUGUUAGUGACACCGGACGCAAUGGUCCAUUCUUCCAAUUGCGUGUCCAUCCGAAUAGUAAUUAUCAAGCUUUGAUUUUUGCCAAUUCAUUUCCGAAAGUUUUUCCCGAAGCUCCAGUUGCUGGGGAAGAUAUUCGUUUGGAAUGUGUGGCAUUUGGAUAUCCAAUACCGACUUAUAAUAUUACUCGCAAAGGUAUGCCUCUUCAGAGAAAUGCCUAUCAAACAAAUUAUAAUCGAGUUUUGAUUAUACAAAAUGCAACGGUAAAUGAUAAUGGCGAAUAUGUAUGUACUAUAUCGAAUCCUCGAAAGACCAUUGAAAAAUCAAUAUUCAUAAAUAUUCAAAUGAAACCAGAAUUCACAAUACCUUUGAAGGACAAAAUCAAAGACUAUAACAGUGAUGUGACUUUUAUUUGUGAGUCUUCAGCUAUUCCAGAUGUGAAUUAUACAUGGUAUAAAAAUGCUGAACUGCUAGAUUAUGAGCGAUUAGAUAAGGAUCGUUAUACAAUUCAAGACAAUGUAAUGACCAUCAAGUAUUUGGAUCCGGAAAAGGAUGAUGGAAUGUAUCAAUGUGGAGCUACGAAUCAACUUAAGACAGCCUACUCGUCGGCACAAUUACGAGUGCUUUCGAUGAAACCUUCGUUUAAAAAACGACCCCUAGAAUCGGAGAUCUAUGCUAUUUAUAAUGGCAAUACAACAAUUGUUUGUGAUCCUGAGGCGGCGCCUAGACCAAAGUUUCAAUGGAAAAAAGAUGGAAAUGUUAUUGGGAGUGGGGGACAUCGAAGGAUUCUUCCAUCCGGUACUUUAGUGAUUUCUCCGACUUCUCGAGACGAUGAGGGUAUAUACACAUGUGUGGCUACAAAUACAGGUGGAACUGAUGAAUCUCGUGCUAGACUUAUUGUAUUGCAGGAACUCCGAUUUACUCAAACCCCACCGCCACGGAUAACAUCACAAAUUCAUGAAUUAAUUUACCUUCAAUGUGAAGUGAGCUAUGACGAAGUUCUUGACGUUGCAUUUAUAUGGCGACACAAUGGUGAAGUAAUUCGAAGUGAUGAAGAUGAAAGAAUCCGUGUGGACAGAAAUCGUUUAACUGUUCACAACAUAACAUUACUUGAUGCCGGUGACUAUGAAUGUGUUGUCAAAUCGGCUGUUAAUAAAAUAAGUUCCAAAACAACUGUAAUUGUUGAAGGACCACCAGGUGCUCCUGGUGGGGUAACAGUAAUAGAAGUUGGCAAAACCAAAGCCUUAAUUGAAUUCGUGAAUGGAGCAUCGAAUGGACGAGCAAUACUUUAUUAUAACAUUUUAGGUCGAACUAAUUGGAAUCGAACAUGGACAAAUGUAUCAACACAUGUGCAAGCACGUGAAAUUGAUCGUUAUACGGGUCGUCAACAAGCCGAAGUGCAUAAUUUGACACCGUGGUCUUCUUAUGAAUUCAGUGUUGCGGCUGUAAAUGAUCUUGGAAUUGGAACUCCAUCGGCACCUUCACCGAUUUAUAGUACUAUCGAGGAUAAACCAUAUAUUGCACCACGAAAUGUUGGCGGUGGAGGUGGAAAAAUUGGCGAUUUGACAAUCACUUGGGAACCAUUACUGCCUCAAGAACAAAAUAGCCAUGGAAUUCAUUAUAAGGUUUCGUGGCGUUUACAUGGUACUUUGGAAUGGGCAACACAAAUUUUGAAAAAUCAGGGCAAUGUUGGUAUUGCUGUCGUGAAUAUACCACUGGAUAAGUAUUACACUCAAUACGAUGCUAAGGUGCAGGCUAUAAAUAACGUUGAUGUUGGACCUGAGAGUGAAGUUGUUACGAUUUAUUCGGCCGAAGAUAUGCCACAAGUUGCACCCCAACAGCCUAUAGCUUUAGGAUUUAAUUCAACUGCUUUGAAUGUAACUUGGGAACCUAUUGAAAUGACUAGAGAAAAAAUUCGUGGCAAGCUUAUUGGACACAGGCUGAAAUAUUGGAAAACUGUUUUAGCUGAAGAGGAUUCGGUUUAUUAUUUAUCUCGAACAACACGUAAUUGGGCCUUGAUUGUCGGUCUCGAACCAGAUACGUAUUAUUUUGUCAAAGUUAUGGCAUACAAUGCGGCUGGUGAAGGACCAGAAAGUGAGAGAUAUAUUGAGAGGACGUUCCGCAAGGCUCCACAGAAACCACCUUCAUCGGUUCACGUUAAAGGUAUUAAUCCAUCAACUGUGCGUGUCGUUUGGCGAUAUGUUUCUCCUUCACAAGAGGAAGAACCUAUUCAAGGAUUUAAGGUUCGUGUGUGGGAAUCAGAUCAGGAUAUGAUAACUGCAAAUGACACUGUCAUACCAAUUGGUGAAACUCUUGAAGCUUACAUUACAAAUCUCACCCCAGGGCAGAGUUAUAAAAUGCGUGUUCUAGCAUUCAGUAAUGGUGGUGAUGGUCGUAUGUCCAGUCCAACACUUCGAUUUCAAAUGGGCAAUACGAAUGCACGAAACUCAUCUCAAAAUAGAAAACUCAAUUACGCCCUUUUUGUUGGAUUCUUAACAGUUAUAUAUUUAAACACUCGUUUCUUUGUUUAUAACUUUGUGUAACAAAAGAAAAUAAAAGAAAGCAAAACAAAAAAUCUCAUUUUGCAAAAAAAAGUUAACGUGACAUAUACAUACAUAAUUUUACAUUCCAUUUUGUUAGUAUUUUGUAUUUAAUUUUAUAAAAUUAGUGUUCUGUUUGAUUGGAAUAAACCAAAUUUAUUGUAAAAAAACGCACAUUUCUUGAAACAAACUUUUAAAAAAUAAAGUUACCAUCAUAUAUUUUUUGCUUGCUGGUCUGUGAAUCUCUAUGGAUGCUAGAAAACCAAACAAAAUAAAUGCAUCUUGUUUCUAUUCAUUUUAAUUUUUUUUUUUAUAAAUAUGCAAGCACUAAAAUAAACUGACUUUUUUUUAUAUACGCGUAUACAACACACACAUACUAAAGAAGUAUACUUUUUUGUAUCUUCGUUAUAAUGUUAUAUAAAAUGAAAAUAAGUGUCCUUUUUUUUAAUAAAAAGAAAAAAAAAUACAAUCAAAUAGAAAUAAUAAGAAAGAAUAACAAAAAAAAAAAAUCAAAGUUCAAAAGAAAACAACCUUAUCAGGAGUAAUUUCGUCCAUAUUUUAUAAAAAAAUGUAUUUUUUUAAUGAUAAAAAUGAUAAUUGUAAUUUUUAAUAUGAUGAAAC